GAAGCCUGGACGCCACGCGAGCCCGUUGCCUAGGCGACCGGCCCCGCGCGCCGGCCCGCCCCCUUCCGGCCAAAGGGCCCGCCCCUCCUGGGCGUGGCCUCGUGCCUUUGUGCACUUCCCGCCUGGCUCUCCGGUUCCGGCGCGGCCUCGGCUUCGGCCUCCGCCCGGCUGCGGCCGCCGCGGGUCCCCUCCGGGGUAGCCCCGAGAGCUGUGCUCGCCACGCUUGGCUGCCUGCUUUUCUCUGAUUUUCUUCCGCUUUGGACCCUGCUCUAUUUGCAUUGUCUUUUUUUCACCAAGUCGGAGAACGGUGCCUUGUCAAUUUUCACCUUUCUCACCGGACUUUCUCUUUUCCGGAGAGCCGAGUUGGUGGUGCUGUCUGUGUAUUCCACGAACUAAGCCCUGUCCCCAGCCCUUGCAGUAUUUCUGUAUCAAUUCCACGCCAGCGCGGUUCUCCAUUUAUCUUAGCCUCUUAAUUUGGACAAGGUCGGAUUUCAGCUUUUAUCCACCGGGUUUAUCCUGUUGCAAAGCAGAGUACGCAGCUUUAGACAAAAUAAUUGCAGUUGAAAUGGAUACACAUUCUGGUGACGGUGUCUCCCUCUGUUGCCCAGGCUGCAGUGCAGUGGUGUGAUCUCAGCUCACUGAGACCUCUGCCUCCCAGGUUCAAGCGAUUCUCCUGUCUCAGCCGCCCCAGUAGCUGGGACUACAGAUGCAUGCCACCACGCCCAGCUAAUUUGUGUAUUUUUAGUAGAGACGGGGUUUCACCAUAUUGGUCAGGCUGGUCUCGAACUCCUGACCUCAGGUGAUCUACCCACCUCAGCCUCCCAAAGUGCUGGGAUUACAGGCGUGAGCCACUGCGCCUGGCCUGAUAGAGGUAUAGCUGCGGACCAACUGUAUAUGAUCAUGCGCACCUUGGCCAUGCUUGCUCAUAUGUUAGAUUUGAUAUCAUUCGAAGGAUCCUAACCAAGGUUUUUGGAUGCAACAUAGUCAUGGUGAUGGGUAUUACGGAUGUAGAUGACAAAAUCAUCAAAAGAGCCAAUGAGAUGAAUAUUUCCCCUGCUUCCCUCGCCAGUCUUUAUGAGGAAGACUUCAAGCAGGACAUGGCAGCCCUGAAGGUUCUCCCACCCACAGUGUACCUGAGGGUAACCGAAAAUAUUCCUCAGAUAAUUUCUUUCAUUGAAGGAAUCAUUGCUCGUGGGCACGCUUAUUCAACGGCAAAAGGCAAUGUCUACUUUGAUCUGAAGUCUAGAGGAGACAAGUAUGGCAAACUGGUCAGCGUGGUCCCUGGUCCAGUCGGAGAGGCAGCGGACUCUGACAAGCGUCAUGCCAGUGACUUCGCCCUGUGGAAGGCAGCCAAACCCCAGGAGGUGUUCUGGGCCUCUCCCUGGGGACCCGGGAGGCCGGGCUGGCACAUCGAGUGCUCUGCCAUCGCUAGUAUGGUAUUUGGAAGUCAACUGGAUAUCCAUUCAGGUGGGAUAGAUUUAGCUUUUCCACAUCAUGAAAACGAAAUUGCACAGUGUGAAGUCUUUCAUCAGUGCGAGCAGUGGGGAAAUUAUUUUCUGCAUUCUGGGCAUUUGCACGUCAAAGGCAAAGAAGAAAAAAUGUCCAAAUCAUUAAAAAACUACAUUACUAUUAAGGACUUUCUGAAGACCUUUUCUCCUGAUGUCUUCCGGUUCUUCUGCCUGCGGAGCAGCUACCGCUCAGCCAUCGACUACAGCGACAGCGCCAUGCUCCAAGCUCAGCAGCUGCUCCUGGGACUGGGCUCUUUCCUGGAGGACGCACGUGCCUACAUGAAGGGGCAGCUGGCCUGCGGCUCCGUCAGGGAAGCGAUGCUGUGGGAGAGGCUCUCCAGCACCAAGAGGGCCGUGAAGGCGGCCUUGGCAGAUGACUUUGACACACCCAGGGUGGUUGAUGCUAUCCUGGGCCUUGCACACCACGGGAAUGGACAGCUCAGGGCGUCCCCGAAGAAGCCAGGAGAAAGGCCAGACCGAAGUGACCUGCUGAAGCCUUUGUCUUUUGACAUUGAAUUCGGUUUGCCCACUGCCAUCAAGACUGCUUUUAAGGAGCUUCCGCGGCAUGAUCUCUUACAGGAACCCGGAGGGCCGAGAAGUCCUGCUGUGUUUGGUGCCAUCAUCUCUUACUUUGAACAGUUUUUUGAAACUGUUGGAAUUUCUCUGGCAAAUCAACAGUGCGUUUCAGGAGACGGCAGCGAGGCUACCUUGCAUGGUGUGGUGGACGAGCUGGUGCGGUUCCGGCAGAAGGUCCGGCAGUUUGUGCUGGCCAUGCCCGAGGCCACGGGGGACGCCCGGCGGCAGCAGCUCCUAGAAAGGCAGCCCCUGCUGGAGGCAUGCGACACCCUGCGCCGGGGCCUGACUGCCCACGGCAUCAACAUCAAGGACAGAAGUAGUACAACAUCCACGUGGGAACUGCUGGAUCAAAGGACAAAAAAACAAAAAUCAGCGGGCUGAGGAUGGAGCACAGCCACGAACCUGCUCACGACAAGACGCACCCAUGCUCCUCACAGUCAAGGCUUUAUGUUAAAGCUUCCUGUCGGGGCUGCUAGGUCAGCAUUAAAGUAAGGCAACCAACAGUG